AGACACUGUGUUGCUUUUCCACGGGGUUAAUACAUCUAUACAAAUGAAGUUAGAGUAACAGUUUCACAAUUAAUGCCAUGUUACAUGCUUUUCCUUUUUAUUUAGUCGCAAUUACAGCAUAUAAGUGGACGAGUUAACAGACGAAUACCCACGAGUCCCUGUUCAGUAAAAAAACUCGAGAUUUGAACAAUUCGGUCAAACUGGACCACGACUACCUCAAAGGCUCCGGUGCACGGUUGAAAUGCCGGGAAGGCAAAGCUGCUCAACUCCAACAAUCUGGAAAGACUUGCUGAGGUUGGGAGGGAGCGAAUGUGGGAGGAGAAACCAGGAGCGCGAUAAGAGUGUGUGGGUGUGUGUGCUUGCGUUACAACACCUGGAGUACGACAGACUUCCUGUACAUCCUGCCGACAUGGCUGCGGCAAGGAAACUCUCAGUAGACGCUGUGCUGCAGAUGCCCAUCGGUCAGGUGGAGGACACAAUGAAACGUCUGGGAUCCAACUCUGAUGAUCGCUCUCGCCUCACUGCUGCCCUCUCCUGUCUAAAGAGUCCUGCAGAGAUAGGUGGAGACGUGAGGCUCGACUCUCAGCAGCCCGUCAGCCAUGGCCGCUUGAUUUCCGUAUCUGUGGUUCCGAGCUCAGAUGACAACUCUCCUUACGUACCUACUGAGGAAAUGGUUGACCCCUUCUCAGUGGAGCCGAGUACACCGCCAAAGUCUGCCAAAACUGUCCAUACACCUCCGCCACCUUCCCGGAAACUGUUGCAACUCCUGCCUUUCUCCAUUGCUUUGACACGAAGCAAGAGUCAUGAGUCUCAGCUUGCAAACCGCAUUGAGGAGCCUGCAAAGCCCAAGUCCAACAAGAAGAACAAGGCGUUGGCUGCUCUUCAGCUCAAUGGCUUUGGCAACAGUCCUGAGGAUUCAAACCCACGGUCUCCCCCUCUGUCUGCUCGCACACACAGCCCUGUCCCUGUCUCAGCACCGUACUUCAUGACGGCUGCCCCCACCCAACUGGACAACCUUGCUGUGCAAGGCACUUCUCCUCAUACAGUAAGGCGAGAUAUUGGCUUGGCUGUUACACACAGGUUCUCAACUAAAUCUUGGCUCUCCCAGACGUGCCAAGUGUGUGGCAAGAACAUGAUGUUUGGUGUCAAGUGCAAACACUGCAAAUUAGCGUGUCACAACAAAUGUACCAAAGGUGCCCCAUCUUGUCGGAUAUCAUUUCUCACAUUGCCAAGGAUGCGCAGAGCAGAAUCGGUGCCCUCUGAUAUCAAUAAUCGAAUUGAUCACACAGCAAAAGUCCCUCUGCAGUUUGGCACGUUACCAAAGGCCAAAAGGGAGCCUCCUGUCGCCCCCGUCCAGCUUGACUCCAGCAGUAACCCUUCAUCAGCCACCUCCUCCACACCCUCCUCCCCAGCACGUUCCCAGCAGAGUAACCCUCCCAGUGUCAGCGCCACACCCCCACUUAACACAUCACCUCAGUCUUCCCGCCAUGACAGCUUUCCCUUCCCAGAUAUUUCUAAUUCCGUAUGUUCUGCUGGUCAGCAGUCUGACACCUCCAAUGACUCUGGAGAAUCCCAGAGCGCCACCACACAGAUGCAGGUAACGGCAGAUGAGCAAGGACAGUCCCAGGACCAGGAGGCAGCGGUCAAGUAUUUGACUGAGGAUGACUUUGAUGAAGAUGGACUGGAAGAUCUAGCCACUUCCAUCUGCCGUCGUGGUACGGCCGGGCGUUGGAGGCGGGGCAUCCAUUCUAAGGCUAGUCAGACCAGCGUCUACCUGCAGGAAUGGGACAUCCCGUAUGAGGAGCUGCAGUUAGGAGAGAUCAUCGGCAAGGGUCGUUGGGGGAAGGUGUACAGGGGUCGCUGGCACGGCGAGGUGGCCAUUCGCCUUGUGGAGAUUGACGGCAAUAACCAGGAGCACCUAAAGCUUUUUAAGAAGGAGGUGAUGAACUACAGGCAGACCAGACAUGAAAAUGUCAUCCUAUUCAUGGGUGCUUGCAUGGCCCCGCCCCACCUUGCCAUUGUCACCAGUUUCUGUAAAGGUGUGACAUUAUACUCUUUAGUAAGAGAAAGGGGUCAUUUGUUGGACAUCAAUAACACCAGACAAAUUGCACAAGAGAUUGUAAAGGGCAUGGGCUACCUGCAUGCCAAAGGCAUCGUUCACAAAGACCUGAAGUCCAAGAAUGUGUUCUACGACUCAAGCAGGGUGGUUCUAACAGAUUUUGGUCUUUUUGGGAUGUCCGGUGUCGUACAAGAACGCAGAGACAAGAAGGUGCUAAGGAUUCCUCAGGGCUGGAUCCACUAUCUCUCGCCAGAGAUUGUUCGCAAAAUGAGCCCGGAGGUUGAAGAAGACCAGCUGCCAUUCUCCAAAGCUGCUGAUGUUUACGCUUUUGGCACAAUCUGGUAUGAGCUGCACUUCAGAAAUUGGCCAAUGACCAACCAGCCUACAGAAGCUCAGAUCUGGUUAGUGGGUAGCAGUGAGGGCAUCAAGAAGGUGCUCGCCGACGCCACUCUGGGCAAGGAAGUUACGGAGAUCCUUUCUGCCUGCUGGUCCUUUGUAAUGGCGGACAGGCCAUCCUUCACUGAACUUGCCGAGCUACUGGACAGGCUACCGAAACUGAACCGCCGCCUGUCCCACCCUGGACACUUCUAGAACUGGGCAUAUUCAAAAAGGGAGUAUGCAACCGGGGUAAAUCAACAUAUGUUCAUGGAAAGAAAGAGGAAUUUAAUAAGAAAAGUAAUGAAGCCGUAUGAUCAUGUACUACUACAUUGCUAUGUACAGGAAGUGACUUUUUGUACUGUGACUGCUAAGUUUGUACAGCUAUGAAGUAAGGUGGACUUGGAUUGUCUUCUUUUUAGUAUGAAAAUGUUCCGUUAUUUAUGAUUAGGCCUCUCAUCACUCCUCUUUCUGUCAUUUCAAUAUUCAGCCUUCAUCCUUCAUCCUGCUACACAUGAUCACCACGAUUCCUCUUGGGAUCCAAUAUCCCUCUAUUUAUUCCCCUUAUUUAUUCUUCCUCUUUGUCUUCUCUGGUUUCCUCUCUUGGGUUGGGCUAUGGGUUAUGAUCAUCAUUAUGGAUGACUCUGAAAUAUUGUGGCUAUAAUGCCAUUAAAAGAAACUGUUCUUACCAAGCGCUACAUAGAAUUCUGUUCAGAUCUUUAAGGCAAGGCAGGACCGACCACCCGAAAAGCUAAACAAAUAUCGACUUUCUAUCUCAUAAUUUCAACUUUUUAUCUCGUAAUUUCGACUUACUUAUCUUAAAUAAAAUCUACUUUUUAGCUCGUAAUUUUGAUUUUCUAUGUCAUAAUUUUGACUUUUUAUCUCAUAAUUUCGACUUAUUUAAAAAAAAAUAAACUUUUUAUCUCGUAAUUUCAAUUUACUUAUCAAAAAAUCUACUUUUUAAUCUGGUAAUUUUGAUUUUCUAUGUCAUAAUUUUGACUUUUUAUCUCAUAAUUUCGACUUAUUUAAAAAAAAUAAACUUUUUAUCUCGUAAUUUCAAUUUACUUAUCAAAAAAUCUACUUUUCAAUCUGGUAAUUUUGAUUUUCUAUGUCAUAAUUUCGACUUUUUAUCUCAUAAUUUCGAUUUACCAUUGGGAUAUAUUUUUUUAGUAGCGGAAAUGGGCUUCCAUAGUAUGAUACCAUAAUUACUUCAUAAUUAUCUUGCACCCAUAAUUGUUUCAUUGUUACAUUUUUUUACUAAUCAUAAAACUUCACUAAUCACAGUCGGGUGUGGAACUAACGGAAGGAACAUGAGAUGAAUGCCUGUAGAGAAAUGAUGGAAGUUAUUCCAUUCUUUGGUGGUUCUAUAAAUGAGAAUAUUGUCUUCUUUGAGACUGCAUUACGAGACCUAGUUGUCUUCUACAACCUUCAUAACUGGCGGUGUGAUUCACAAUCUUCUCACAUUUUCAUUGAUCUUUGAUCGGCUGCAGUAGAUGGUUUGGUCCAGCAGAGGGCAGUCAUUACAUUGGUGUCCCUCAGUCAGCUUCAUUGAAGAAUAGACCACAAAGCCAAGAAGUGAGUAAAGUGCAGUCAUGACAACAGAGGUGAAAUAAACAAAGUUCUCUCCAGACUACACCGGUAUGGGUUGGGCUACCAGAUAUGAAAACACCAAGGAGAUCUAGUGCUAGAUGAAAGGAUGGAAACUGUUCUUCUAGACUGGCAAAUCACCCCGCAGCAGUAUUGACGAAAGCCAUGACUGCUUCACGUUCUUGAGAAGCAUACAGGAGCUGAACCCACAUUCAAGGAGAAAGCCCAUGCACAAGGAGAACAUGCAAACUCCACACAGAGAUGCCGGAGCAGAGAAUCGAACCUAACUAUGAAAAUAUGAACCCUAGCUGUGUGGCCUGCACGUUCACCACUCUCCACCGUGCAGCCGUUAUGUCUUUAUUCUAAUAAAUAAGUAAUUGAUUCCUUCUUCAUGCCUCACAUGCCUCCAGCUGUUCUCCAACGUCCUCGUAAUGCAGGUGAACACAAGACUCAUUUGCUUUUUGGUUUGCUUAAAUAAUUUUAUACAAAUCAAUAGCAGGCCUAUUUGAGUGAAAAAUUGCUCAAGGGGGCACUGUAUUUAUCAUUUGCUCUGGGUAGACACUUGUUUUUUUACAAAGCACCAUCCCACAGUCCAGUUAUUUGCCGUGAAGAUUGUAAAAAUAGUGUUUGUAGAUAUGCUCUGAUACCGUAAACAUUCAUUCUCUGUGGUUAUUUGGUUCCAGAUCCAAUGAUGAUACGUAAGUGAAUAGCAACAAAGUGGGAUUCCUUCUUUAGAAAUCAAAUAUUUUUAAAUAGAGCAGAGAAACCCUUUUUACCACCUUUUAAGUGUGACCUUUUAAGAUGAUUAGAGCCCUGCAGAUAACAAAUAACACCCCUAUAGUCACUGUUACACCGCUAUUACCCAAUAUAGUAGACAUAAUAAGAGAAAAUAGACAUAUUAGACAUGAUAAAACUGUUUACCACCUUCUAAGUACGACCUUUUAACAUCAUUAGAGCCCUGUAGACAUGAAAUAACACCCCUAUAGUCACCUUUACACUCCUAUUACCCAAUAUAGUAGACAUAAUAAGAGAAAAUAGACAUAUUAGACAUGAUAAAACUGUUUACCACCUUCUAAGUACGACCUUUUAACAUCAUUAGAGCCCUGUAGACAUGAAAUAACACCCCUAUAGUCACCUUUACACUCCUAUUACCCAAUAUAGUAGACAUAAUAAGAGAAAAUUGACAUAUUGGGCAUGAUAAAACUGCUUACCACCUUGUAAGUACGACCUUUUAACAUCAUUAGAGCCCCGUAGACAUGAAAUAACACCCCUAUAGUCACCUUUACACUCCUAUUACCCAAUAUAGUAGACAUAAUAAGAGAAAAUUGACAUAUUGGGCAUGAUAAAACUGCUUACCACCUUCUAAGUACGACCUUUUAACAUUAUUAGAGCCCCGUAGACAUGAAAUAACACCCCUAUAGUCACUGUUACACUCCUAUUACCCAAUAUAGUAGACAUAAUAAGAGAAAGCAAGAUGUCAAAACAAGUCAAAGUUAACACGUUAAUGACGUGUUCAGCAGUAAUUUGUUUUGACGUGCGCUUAACGUGCUCCUGUUUGACCCUCGGCCCCCACCGUAGUUUGAUUGAAGCACGGCAAAGCCCUGCCAGAUGGCUCUUGUAGCAAGACCAAAAUUAUUAUGGCUGUGCUAUGCAAUGCAGGCCCCCAUUGACAGCUGCCCACCAGCAGUCAAUGGGGGCUCUGCAGUGCAGAGCAGCCCAUCUUAAUAUUCCUCAAAAUGUUUAGUUAUUAAAAUUCUUAUUAUAUCUUAAUUUUCCCAUUUUUGUGGGCGUAAAGAAGGACCCCCACACAUGUUACACCGCCGCAGUCAUGGUGUUGGGGACUAGGUUGGUAUUUAUUUUUUGGAAAGGUUCGUGUAACCAUGGCGAUGCUAUUAACGAAAAUAUUCCAAAAUGGUCCACUAGAUUAGGAACGCCCUAAGUGAGUGAGUUGACAAAGACAAAGAGACAAAUACCCAUCUGUCCUGGUUCAGUAAAAAGCUGAUGGGUUUUGAACGAUUCGAUCGUUACUCAACCAUCACUACUCACUGAGGUUCACUGUACUGUGGAACUGAACAUUAUAAGCAGUAAAUAAAUCAUAUUUCAUAAUAUCCUGUAUACAGGAUAUUGGGAUUUCUUCAUGACUUCUUAUUUUUGUUUGCCUUUACUUAAAUGUCCAUCAAAUUCAAUGACAACCAUACUGAACACAAAAUGAAGUUUUUAAAAUAAACGUUUUUUAUUAAGAGAGAAAAAGAUCCAAAGCUCCAUGUCCCUGUGUGAGAAAGGGAUGGCCCCCUAAAACUAAUAACUGGUUGCGCAACAACUGCAAUCAAGCGUUUGUGAUAACUUGCAAUGAGUCUCUUCCAGCACUGUAGAGGAAUGUUGGCCCACUCAUCUUUGCAGAAUUGUUGUCAUUCAGCAGAAUCCAUGCUUCUAGUUAUCACAGCAAGUCUUCCAGGUCCUGAAGCAGCAGACCAUCACACUACCACCACCAUAUUUUACUCUUGCUAUAUGUUCUUUUUUUACAGCAGAUGUAAUGGGACACAUAACUUUUGUCUGGUCAGACCAGAGUAUUUUCCCAAAGGUCUUGGGGAUCAUCAAGAUGUUUUCUGGCCAAAUGGAGACCAUCUUUAAUGUUCUUUUUGGACAGCAGUGGUUUUGGUCUUGGAACUCUGCCAUGCAGGCCGUUUUUGCCCAGUGUCUUAUGUCUUAUGGUGGCGUUAUGGACACUGACCUUAAGUGAGCAAGUGAGGCCUGCACUUCUUUGGAUGAGGUUGUGGGGUCUUUUGUGACCUUCUGGAUAAGUCGUGGCUGCGGCCUUGGGGACAUUUUGGUUGGCUGGCAGCUCCUGGGAAGGAUCACCACUGUUCCAUGUUUUGGCCAUUUGUGGAUAAUGGCUCUCAUUGUGGUUGGCUGGAGUCCCAACGCUUUAGAAAUGAAUUUAUAACCUUUUC